AUGGAGACAACCAUGACAGACACCAACAUCGCCGUGGGAGAUCAUAGGGGUCUCCUCGACAUCAUCGACAGCCUCCGCUCACAGGGGGUCAGCCACUAUGUCGAUCUACCCGAAAUCAUUGUCUGCGGAGAUCAGUCUGCGGGGAAGAGCUCCGUCCUCGAGGCCAUCUCCGGCAUGCCGUUUCCCACCAAGGACGGUCUCUGCACCCGUUUCGCCACUGAGCUGGUCCUUCGCCGGCACCCCGAGGCGAAUACCAAGGUGUCCAUCACUCCAGGCGAGACCCGGUUUGGAGAGGACAAAGAACGCCUCGAAAACUGGCAACCAGAAGCGAGCAUCGACAAGGAGGGCCUGGGCACCGUGACGGACGAGGCCAAGCGCGCCAUGGCUGACCCGACCUGCACAGGGGAGUUUUACGAAGACAUCCUCCGCAUCGAGCUCACUGGGCCGAGACAGCCACACCUCACCAUUGUGGACCUCCCAGGCCUUUUCAGGAGUGGGAACAAGGAGCAGUCUGACGCCGACGUUGGCAUUGUCCGCGGUAUGGUGGAGAGGUACAUGGCGCGACCACGGAGCAUCAUCCUCACUGUAGUGUCGGCUAAGUACGAGUAUGUCCUGCAAGAGGUUACUUUGAUGGCCAAAUGUGCCGAUCCAGAAGGGCUACGCACCAUGGGUCUCAUCACAAAGCCCGACACCUUGGAUGUUGGCUCCAACUCGGAGAGUUACUUCGUUCGUCUGGCUCGGAACCUGGAGGCAGAACUUCGACUCGGCUGGCACGUCUUGAAAAACCGGAAGUUCGAGGAACGCCAUGUUACCUCGUCUCAACGCGAUGAAAUUGAGGGCAAGUUCUUCUCCCAGGGCUUGUGGACUUCCAUCGACUCCUCACACUGCGGCGUGGCGGCCUUGAGGGUCAGGCUCAGCGCGGUUCUGAGGGACCAGAUUCUUGUUCAGCUCCCUAGCCUUGUACAAGAUGUGGAAGACGGCAUUCACGACUGUGAUGACAGGUUGGACCGACUAGGCCCGGUACGAGGGACCUCGCAGCAGCAGUGGGGCUACCUGCUGCGAUUGAGUGAGGAGUACACGUCCCUGGUGACGCAGGCGGUUGAGGGCACGUACACCGACCGAUUCUUCGGCAACCGCAAGAAGUUCCACAAUUUCAAUACAAGGUUGAGGGCUGUGGUGCAGAACAGACUCCGCGAAUUUGCGGAAGAUAUGCGGCUGAGCGGCCAGAGUCAGUACAUCGUUGAUUCGGAGAGUGAGGGUGAGGGCAGCCGCGAGGUCCGGGACUUGCCUCACAUCUGCCGGUCUGAUUAUGUCGAGGAUGUCGCGAAACGUCUUAAGUUCAGCAAGGGUCGCGAGCUCCCAGGCCUCUUCAAUCCUCUCAUUGUUAACGACCUCUUCGUCGAGCAAUGCGAGCCUUGGGGGAGGAUCGUGAAACUCCUUGCCGAGGAUAUCCUGGAAGCUGCCCACCAGACGACUCAAUUGAUAGUCGAGCAUAUCACUACGAGCGAUGUUGCCGAAGGGGUUCUCCAGCUUGUUCGCCAGGGAAUCGAGGGGCUGAAGGUCGGUUUGGACGGCCGAGUCGAUGCGCUGCUCGCAUCAACCGCGCAGCAUCCCAUCACGUACAAUCCCCAGCUCACCGAGAACGUUCAGCGGAUCCAGCAGGCCCGCCACAAACGUGAUAUGAAGAAGCUGGUCCGCAAAACGUUCGGAGCGCAUCGUUUCGACAACCCGGGCAGCAAAAUCAGCCUGAAUCCUAUCGAGCUCGUGGACUUAGUGGGAGAGGGAUUCGAAAAAGACAUGGAGCGUUUCGGAAGCUCGUUAGCGGUUGCGGUGAGCAGGUUCAUCGAUGACGUGAGCAUCUUGGCGAUUGAAGACUGCCUCAUUAGCAAGCUAUCGACGCUUUUCAGAUCGAGCAAUAUUCUGAAGAUGAGUGACCAAGAAGUGUCCCACCUCGCAGGAGAGACCCAAGAAUCUUCCCUCGAGAGACGACGCCUCGAAGAGAAACGCAAUAUCCUCAAAACGGGACUCCAGAGCCUGAAAAGCCUGAACAAGCGUAGAAACAUCCUCACCCCCACGGAACAGGAUCAGGUGGCAUCUGAAGAUUCAGAUCAAAUCGGUGCCAUGAUCCCCCGAAAGCAAGACUUGGCGGCGGCGUCGGCGCACGCGUCGACUCCAUUCGCGCCGUCAGUCCCGCCCAAGGCUUCCAGGCCGCCGGCCGAAUUCGACGCCAUCAUCUAA